UAUGACUAUUCUAUGGCCACAUGCGCAUAGGGCAUAACAAAAAGAGUCUUCUAACCUAAUGAUUAUCAAUUUUAACGGUUAAUAUCUCGUCUCGCGGAGCAGAAUGAUGUUUUUUCUGCCAGAUUCUUUAGUUUCGCUCAAAAAUACAUGAAAUAAAUGCAUGAAAUAAUUUCAUCAAUAUUGGAUUCGGGGGCGUAAUUGAAUAAUUAUCUUUAUCUUAUUUUAAAUUAUCAGGUGAUGAACGCAAUUUGAUGCUCGUGAGGAGAAAUGUCAGUACAGCACAUUGGCAAGUCCGUUCGCACGAUCGAAACCUGUUAUCCACCUAUUAUCCAAUAAAUUUUUGUGAUCAUGAGCGCACAGAAUCAAUUGCCAAAUCUUGAUAAGAUCUUCCGGGAUGAUGAUGAAUCUGAUUUUGUACCUUCAGGAGGAUCUAAUUUGGCUGCCAUUUUCGGUCUGCAAUCAAAGUUCCCAGAUUCGCAAUCCAAUAAACAAGCAGCAGUCAAGAAGAGUAAUACUCGAUAUAACAUACAGCAAACUGUAUCAUCUUCUAAGACAGAAGUGUUGAUAGCUAAAGCUGUACAUGCUUUUAAAUUACAAAAUGGUCAAUAUGCUUCUAUUGGAAAACUUGGUAUGGCAUUAACAGGUAACAUGACAACAAGAGUAUAUCAGAUAAUUUUAUACAAGACUAAACAAGAGUACAUAUCUGUCGCCACGGUGACACGUGACUUUGUUUACACUGUACAAGUGAAUAAUUAUGCUAGUUAUUAUGAUAAUAACAAGGAGAAUUGGUCAAUUUUAUUCGAGAAUAAUGAGAGCUACAUAGAGUUUGCAACAGAAGUGGGACUAGCACGUUAUUUUGCAACACAAGAGAGAGGCGAGAGCGUAAUCUACCAGGAUUUAAUGCCAAGCGAUAAAGAUAUGAUCGCAAAAGAGGGGGACAAUAUAUGUAUCAAAUAUUUUGUUGGGACUAAUAUUGUACAGCCUUUCAAGAUAAAUUUUGCAAUGUCGCAGACGAUGAUCGUAGAGAUAUCGACGGAUGAGAAUUGGGAGAGAAUCCUUCUGGGAAGUGGCAAGGGUUUGAAAAGGAUUUUAUUUUUACCGCCUAGCAAACAGAUUAGUUUAGGUCCCGGAUUUCCUAAGGAGAGAGAUGUUAUGCUGAUAAUAGAGGUAACAGAUAUACGAGUGCAGGAAGAAAAUAUACUGUCAUCUAAAAGUUCAACGAGCGGUAAAGCAGCCAUAAUUUCGAGAAUGGCUAAAAUGGGUCAAUCCAUUUUACCAAAAAUGCCUCUACCUUCUACUACUGACUCUGAAGAUACCGAGGAUGACGUACCUCAUAAAUCUCCUCGUCACAAAAGGAUCGAACAAUCGGAAGAAACUUCACAAAAGAAAAAUUUGUUGCACGAGUCAUCAGAUGAAAGAAAGGUGACUCAAAAAGUUACGGAGUCUAGAACUGAACUGCCUACUAUAGAUUCUAAUACUUAUAAGCCAUUAGUUGUUACACCUUCGUUAACACCACAAUGGACUCCACCAUAUUUUGGACAUUAUGUAACAAUGGACAAUCAGAUGUAUCCUGUAUCACAAACUGUAAAUCGUACAGUACCAGCCACUCUGGAUCCUGGAAUAAAUAUGUUACUUUCAGAAACAAGAAUAGCAAAUGCAGAGAUACGUAUGGGAAUAUCUAAAAUAUCUGACAAUGUUCAGAAAUUAUUAGAUAAGUUCCAUGCACUCGAGCUUCAAAAUGCGACAACUCCUACAAGCGAUAAAGCAACUUUGGAUGCCUCUUGGAAAAUGCUAUUAGCUCUUAAUGCAUCUCAAGUGGGAACGAAGGAUAAUGAAUUAUCAAAAAAUAUUGACCAAGAUACAAUUGAUGAAAAAAUUCGGGAGGCACAAAGUAAAAUAAAUUCCUUAGAAAAUGAUUUGAGAAGAUCGAAAGAGGAAAAAGAAUUACUGUUGGAAAGUAAUGAAAAUCUGAGUAAGAAGCUCCAGGAAUUGGAAGCAAGAGUAACCAAUACAAAUGAUGAGUUGAAAAAAACCAAAGAAGCUUUAGAAAUGGCUAAAAAUACAAUUGCACAGUAUAAAGAAGAAAACAUCAGUUUAGAAGAUAGACUUUCUACGUGUCAUAGAGAACAUGUUUUCCAAACCAAUACGACAUCUUCCAGACAGAAAGAUAUUGAGAAAAAGAAUAAAGAAAUUAAACAAAUAAUGAAUAAAACAUAUCAUACAUUAUCUGAAAAAUUUGCGGAUGAAUCACGCUCUGAAUUAUCUUUUGAUUAUGUAAAAUCAACUAUUGCAAAUACAAUAAAGCAUAUUACCUUGCAAGUACUAUACGAAGAUUCUGAUGAAGAGGAAAAAGAAUCUAGCACGAGUAAAGAUGUGAAUUCUAUCGUUAAGACUGUUGAUCAUCAACAAACUGAAAAACAUAUCGAGAAGCCAAUAUUAAAUCCAGAUAGUGAUAAUGAUGUCUUAAUAAAACAUACUGAAACUUCAAGAUCUACUAUGAUUAUGCCUGUAUUCCACAAUGAACCACCACCUGUUCCACCUGUUCUUGAGGGCAUCAAUGAAGUUGAUAGCGAGAGUGAUUAGUUGAUUUUGUCAUUAUUCAUAUUACAAAAAAUUAUAAUAGAAAAUUAUAUAACAAAAUAUUUUAUAUUUUUAAUAUUACACACAAAUUCAUUUGUUUAUCUCAAAAGUCAACUGAGAACUUAAGAAUUAGUCCUGAUAAUAAACAAAUAUAUAUACCAU